UAAUUUUCACUCGAGACUUAAAUGGUGAAUUUAUUAUUAUAAAAAUUCGCUCAAAGAGAAUCCAACCGACGACACUCGUUCUGGAGAAAUUCGAGGAGAAGAUCCGGGCGGCCUGCCUUCGACAGCUGACGUCAUUACCGUACACAAUGCGCUAGGGGUGAUGGAGACAGUGGGCAAACAGGUCCAGGUAGUGAGUGGACUGGGGGUGGGGGGCCCAGUGGGCCCGGUCGGCCCAGUGGGGGGAGACCUGCACCACCAUCACCAUCCUCACCCCCAUUCGCAUCCACCGCACCCGCACUCCCACCCCCACGGUCAUCCCCAUGGGAGUCACGGGCAUUCUCUCGUUGGCGCUACGUCGACGGGCCCUGGUAGGGCUCAGGCUCAGCCAGCGGUUUCCCAUAACCAACAUUUGCCAUCGAGAUCCACUCCCGUACAAAUGCACAGGCCGACGCAGAAUUACGUGAACAUCAAGAGCAGCAGUAGUCCGGUAUCACCGAGGACGGCCGGUGCAGGAACAACGUAUGUCCAAGGCGGUGCAGCAGCAGCAUCGUCGGCGGCUGCUGCGACGGGAGGAAGCGGUGCCACGAACUCAGUUGCUCCGUCAGGUCCAUCGAAUAGCAGCAAUAGCAGCGGUGCCGGGGUUGGCGUUGGUGUCGGCGUCGGCGUUGGCGGCGUCGGCGUUGGGAACGUCGGCGUCGGUGUCGUUAACGUUGGCGGCGGUGGUGGUGUCGGUGGCGGUGGUGGCAGCACCGUCAGCGCAGGAGUGGGAGGAGUGAGCGUGGUAGCGCCGCCUGUGGUUGGAAGUGGAAACAACGGAAAUGGCGGCAACUGUACGGGUGGUGUCGGAGGCGGAGGAGGAGGAGGAGGAGGCGCUGGAGUUGUUGUUGGUGGUGGUGGUGUUGUUAACAGCAACAACAACGGUGGAAAUGUCAGUGGUGGCGGGAAUGGUGGAUCAGGGUCCAGCGGAAAUCCAAAUGGUAGUGGCGGCGGCGGCGGCGGUGGCGGUGGUGGUGGCGGUGUUGUUGGUGGCGGAGCUGGUGCCGGUGGCGGCGGCGGCGGUGGUGCUGGCGGUGGCGGUGCACCAACGGGUUACGUCGCUGUACCAAUGCCAGGUGGUUUACGAUACAUCCAUCCUUAUCCGCAAACAUCAUCUACGGUAUCCUCUGGCUCGGGAUCAUCGGUUUCAGCUAUUUCAGCAGCCAUAGCUGCAGUGGCUGCUAACUCGACCUCAGCAGUGACCGCCGCAGCUGCCGUUGCUGCCGUGGUUGCUGCCGCUGCUGGAUCUGUACCACCCACCUCUGUACCCGCCACUGCAUCUCCCGCUAGCAUUAGCCAAACACCACCACCGCCUCCUACGGGAACCGGAUACGUUUCCAGGGACGCCUAUCGCGGCGCCACUAUAAACGUAAACGAGAGGAUUGCUAUAAGCGUGAGCAGUAGUCCAUUAUCACAAGUUGGAAUCAAUGUUGGUGUAGUUGCUGCCGAAUAUGGUGCCGCGGGUGGUAGUAUAAAUAGCGGUAUGGGAAGUGGUAGAGGAGAAAGACCGAGGAUGUCCCUGUUGUCAUCGGCAUCGGUUGCACCCGCACCAUCGCCAACUGCAUCGGAUUAUCAACACAUGCCAGGUGCGAGGAAUCCAAGAGUAGGCCUUAUACCUGUCCAAUCGGAUCAGUAUUGUAGCCGUACUGCCGUUGAGAUGGCAACGUUACAAGAGGCGCCGCCAUUUAAAAAGAUACGCCUUGGCCCACCAACACAGGUUCAAAUACAAUCGCAAUCUCAGUCACGAUGUCAGAGUCUUCCACCGGCUGAUGCUUGCAUCAAACAGGAACACAUAGUACCCUUGCAACAACCAUUAAGGAUAGACACUAGGGGGCAGCCUGCCACAGGUGCAUAUACACCACAAACAGAGGCAAUCUCACCAACGCUUCCAGAGCCCAAUACGCAAGAGGAUGCACAGUUCCGUAGUACCAAGGAUGAUCUUUUACAGCAGAUCGGUAAAGUCGAUAGGGAGAUUGCAAAGAGGGAAUCACAGAUAAGUAAGCUUCGGAAAAAGCUUAAGGAAUUGGAGGAAACGGCUAAUAAACCUUUGGAGGCCAGUGGUCUUAAGCGACAAAUCGAAGAACAGUCGCAACAACCAAAGCAUCAGUCAUUGGCGCAAAAAAUUUAUGCCGAGAAUAGAAGAAAAGCGGAAGAAGCGCAUAGACUUUUAGAAAGAUUGGGCCCUAAGGUGGAGUUGCCAUUAUAUAAUCAGCCAUCAGAUACCAGUGUAUAUCAAGAAAAUCGUACGAGGCAUCAAACUUGUAUGAGGGCGAAAUUAAUAGCAAGAUUAAGAAGGGAGCAUGCUGAGAGAGCGUCCCUUCAUAGGCAGCAGUCUCAAUCUUAUGCGAUUCUCGUUCAGGAAUGGCAUCGUAAGGUUGAACGGUUAGAAGCAACCCAAAAGAGAAAAUCGAAAGAAGCGAAGAACCGUGAAUUUUUCGAAAAGGUAUUCCCUGAAUUGAGAAAGCAAAGAGAAGACAAGGAACGUUUUAACAGGGUUGGCGCACGUAUUAAGAGCGAAGCCGAUCUUGAAGAAAUAAUGGAUGGUCUUCAAGAGCAAGAGAUGGAAGACAAGAAGAUGCGUUCGUACGCGGUCAUACCACCUCUACUUUUGGAUACUAAACAACGAAGGAUCGCAUUUCAAAAUCGUAAUGGUUUACUCCAAUUAGAAGAAUUGGAAGCUUUACAUAGUGAAAGAAAAUUGAUAAACGUUUGGAGUUCUGUAGAGCAUGAACUGUUCAAAGAAAAGUACUUGCAGCAUCCGAAAAAUUUCGGUGCGAUAGCUCAAUCCUUAGAGCACAAGUCCGUUCCAGAUUGUGUACAUCACUACUACCUCACUAAGAAAGCUGAAAAUUAUAAACGGUUGCUACGGAGAUCUAGACAAAGGACACGCAGUUCCCGUAACAAUCCUAAUAAUAAGGUUAAUAAUAGUAAUUCUACUAUUGGACCUAUCGACAUAUUGACAACGGGAGUUACCACAAGGCUGCAACGUGAGCAGCAACAAAAGACGCAGGAAAAUCCUCAGAAUAAUAAUACGACAGGUGCGUCGUCUACGACUACGACGACGACGACGACGACCACGACGACAACAACAACAACAACAACAACAACAACAAUAACAACAACAGCAACAACGUCUACGACAACAAUGACGACGACGUCAUCUUCGACGUCUAAUAUAUCGACUGGUACAACGACGUCGUCGUCGUCGACGAAUACUACGUCGUCGUCAUCGUUGUCAUCGUCGUCGUCUUCGACGGCGGCAACGACAACAGCGGCGGCGGCGGCAGCAGCGGCAGCGGCAGCAGCAGCAGCAGCAGCAGCAGCAGCAGCGGUAGCAGCGUCGACAACGUCGACGACGACGACGACAGGUGCGGGUCAAAGUUCAGUGACCCUGAAUACGAAUAUGUCUACCGAUUCUAUAACGGCAGUAACGACAACGUUAACCACUGCAGCGACGACAACGACAUCAACAGCGACUACGUCAACGACGACAUCGUUAAAUUCAAUCCUCAUGUCGAUUUUUUCAUCCUCGUCAUCGACGACAUCGGCCAGUACAAAGGAUACAAAAGAUAACGGCAAAGAGAACAAAGAGAACAAAGGAGACAACAAGGAUUUACAUGUCCUUAAAAUGGAGAUAAAAGAAGAAUCACAAUCUAGUUCGGAAACACCAUCGAAUAAGGAUGUCAAAGUCAUAAUGGAAGGUAAAAACACGUUGUCGUCAUCGUCAUCGUCCUCAUUGAACGUCAACACCGCUAAUGUACCUGGCAUGCAGACCGAAUUCAAGGAUACGGGUAAAAAGAAAACGAGUUGUAGUAGAGAGACCACCGGUGGUACAGGUGGUGGUGUCAUUGGUGGUGGUAAUAACGCGGCAGCUACUAGUAGGAUUAAGGAUAAGAAGAAAGAGAAUCAUGCCACCCCAAUGGAGACUAGUGACGAAGAGGCACAGUCCAUUGAUACCAUUGAAGGUGGCAGACAAAUUGGACCUCAUGCCUGUGCAAUUUGUCAGAAUGUGGUAGAAGGAAAUGCUCAGAGUCGUGCAUUACCACGCAGUCAAGCAUCCCAAUAUGGUUUAAGGGAGGAUCAAGUAGCACCAGGGGCACGAGUUUGCAACACCUGCAGGUGCAAAGCCGUACGAGGACGUUACACAGCCUGUCCCCUACCGGGUUGUCCUAAUCUCAAUAAUACCAGUUCCAAGACACGAGUGAAACGAUUACGUGCACUACCAGCCAAAUGGCUAGAUUUGCCAUCUGAAAUUAGAGAACCCAUUAUUCAAGAAUUUCAAAUACCCAACAGUGCUACAAAGUGUUGUUCGGCCUGUUUCAAUCGGAUAUCACGACGUUUGGCCCCGCAUUUGGCAGGUGGUACGGAAAUCUCCGAAGACGGGACCGAUUCUUUGGCAAGACAAUGGACGGAUGAGGAAUUGGAUCAAUUGAAGAGAGCUUUACGCGAACACGGUACUAAUUGGCCAAAGGUGGCCGAACUAAUCCCUGGAAAGACGAAUCACCAAUGCAAAAAUUAUUAUUUUGCGUAUCGAAAAAAGUUGAGCUUGGAUCAGGUUGUAGCCGAAUAUUAUCAAUCAUUGGGCGAAGAACGAAGACCAUGUUUGACCGAUGAGGAAGAAAGUGGUAGCAGUACGAGUAGUUGCGAUGAAUUAGCCGUGCAUGAUUCAAGUGACACGGCAAGUGCUGGUAGUCCGGCUAAUAAUAUAUCAGGCAAUACAACCGCACAAACAACAUCAUCGGCAUCAACCUCAUUACCGAUAGCCUUUACAAGAACAACGGAUCCAAAAAUUAGUGACAAACUCGCAGACAUAGCGGUUGUUUCUUUGGUACCACCAGUUAGCAUUGGAUCAUCUCAACAACAAUCCUCGGUCAGUGGUGGUGGUGGUAAUGGUACUAUCGUAUCGGCGGGCAAUAGAGAAGAUUACGAUAGUUCUGCCACGGAGACGGCGGACGAAGGUCAGGGAGGUGCUGAUUUGGACAAUAACAGUGUUGUAGUGACACUUACUACUGCCAGCAAUGCCAAUUCUUCAUUGCAAGAACAUCCGCAGGCACCACCCGUCGUCCAUUCGCCACCUUCAACUACGAGUAACAAUCCAUUAACUGUGAAAGAUCUCAUGUUAGGCGUCAUUGAGAUGCAAUUAAAACGAAAUCCCAAUAGUCCAGCCGGUACUGGUGGUUUAUCCGUACCCGUUAAUUCCGGUACACCAACGAUAUCGAGCAUAUUAAAAACGGAUCAUCGGAAUGACAUUACCUUUGUACGCGAAUACAAGCCAUCGUCGAGUAUCGCAAGUACUGCCAUGUCGAACAGAGACUCUAAUUUAGCGACACUUUCCGUUGUUUCGAGUCAUCACAGUCAUCGUUCAGCACCCAGUCCUCAACAAAUCAGUCAAAUGCAAGCAACUAUUACUCCUUGUCCUCCAACGACGCUUAGUAAUCAAAGUUCAUCGUCAGAUAUGUUACCUAAGGAAGGCCUAGUCGUGAUGCAGGUACAACAGGCAUUACGUGAGACCGAGGGUACCCUAGAUUUGAGUAUUAAAAAGCCAAGACAACAGCAAGAAUAUAAUCACUCGAUGCAAUCUAUUCAUAAACCAUCGACGGUAACUCUUUAUCGUUCUGAACCACCACCGGGUGCUUAUUAUCAUCCUCAUGCUCAUCCCGAACAAGGACGCGGAGCUAAGAGCCCAUUGAUUUAUGCUUCGUCGCCAAGACCUCAAGCUCCAUUAACACCGAAGAUGAAUAAAGUAUCUGUACCGCCGCCUCAUCCGAAAUUGUCACCAAAGUUAAGUAGCAUCGGUACGGCCACUCACAAAGGUGGAUCCAUAACUCACGGUACACCAGUUUCGAGUGCUCGUUACGAAGGUUUGCUCAGACAAAUGACACCACCUGGUAAUCCAAGUAGCGGCGUCGGUACUACGAGCGGACCUACCGUUGGUAGUUCGGUAAAUACAUCAGGAAAUCAAGGUCCGAAAGAACCUGGCUCAAUAACCCAGGGUACACCUGUUCAUCCAUUCACUGUAGAAAAACGUCCGCCUAUGUAUGACUAUCGUACAAUUCGACACUCACCCGUAACGACUGGUAACGUUCCUGGACAAGGUCAAGGCCAAUCGGUUACAGCCGCUGUAGUGGUCACUCAUAGCAAUCAAUAUAAUUCGUAUUCGAAUCGACCACCGCCUAGCUACACGAUGGAACAACAAUUGUCCUCGAGACAGAUUAUAAUGAACGAUUAUAUAACUAGCCAACAAAUGCACGCUCGUAGCCGUGGCAGCGGUAGUACCUCGGAAACCGCUCCUAAAAAUGAAGCACCCUCGACCCUUUAUUAUACCGGUACUCCACCACCUCAAACGCACACACAACCUCGCCAAGGAGUUAUACAAAGGCAUAAUCCGCAAAAGCAAAUGCAUUAUCCACCUCCGCCACCAGGAUUAGAGGCCUUCUCCAGUCUGGUAGAUGUCGCAGUGCAACAACCGAGUCUUCCAGUUCCUCAUCCCCACAGUCACCCUGCCUCAAGUAGUGGUGGCCACGAAGGAUUAGGAAAAACGAUGGCGGAUAGAUUGCUAGCCGACCGUUACGUCGAUAACAAUAGAGCGUUCCGCGAGCAAGAGAUACGUUUACAAGAACACCGUUUGGCUAUGCAACAGCAACAGGCUGAACAUAGAAUGGCCGUUGCACAUCAUCAUCAGCGUGACAGGGAAAGGGAACGUGAUUUGGUACAUUUGCGCGAAAAGGAAGAGCAUAGGUUGCAAAGGGAAAAGGAGUAUCAACAAUUGGAACAUCGUUUGGCUGUUCAGCAACAUCAUCAACGUGAGAAAGAGAUUCAACAGCAGGAACACCGUUUGGCACAGCAACGAGAGAAGGACAUACAGCACGUCGAUCAUAGACUUUCGGCACAACAAAGGGAGAAAGAGAUACAACAUGCAGAGCAUCGUAUAACGGUUCAUCAGCAAAGAGAGAAGGAGAUUCAUCAGCAGAUGGCAGCGGCUGCGGCUCAACGAGAGAAAGAGCACCAGGAACAUCGUCUUAAUGUGCAGCAACGAGAAAAGGAGAUACAACAACAGCAAGAGCAAAGGCUCGCGAUGCAGCAACAACGAGAGAAGGAAAUUCAACAGCAACAGCAGCAACAUGCGGAACAUCGUUUAGCUAUGCAACAACAAAGAGAACGAGAUUUGGCUCAUUUGCAUCAGCAACAGCAACAGCAGCAACAUAUUCAACAGCACAUUCAACAACAGCACCGCAUGGAAGCCGAGAGACGGCAUAUGGCGCAAUUGUAUCGAGACCAACAGCAACAGCAACAACAGCAAUUGGACAGAGAAUCCUCGAGAUUACUAAGCAGUGGAUUUUCUCAAUCUUCGAGACUUCAACAACCACAGCAACCACAGGCCCAACAACAGUCGCAAUCGUCGUCUCGUCAAAAUCAAUCCUCGAGUCAGCAGCAAAAUGAAACUUCAUCGACUUUGACAGCAGCUAGCUUGAUAGAUGCCAUUAUAACACAUCAGAUUAAUCAAAGCGUAGAAAACGCUGGAGGUAGUGCAGCAUCGAAUAAUCAACCUACGCGACCAGGCGAUCGACUGUUCCAAGAAUUCCAUUUGGACACACCGGCAGAACCUAAUGGUAUGGUACACAGUCCAGCCGGAGAAGGAAGAGGUAACAGUGGAGCAGGUGGUGGGAGUGGCAAUGGUAGUGGAAACAAGGCUAUUACUCUAGGGGAACACGUCGAUCACAUUGUAACUAAGGAUUAUGGGCCUCCCCAUUCGUCGUAUAGAUCUUAUACCGGAUAUCAGAUUUCGGAGGAACAAUGGAAAAGGCGGAAAGGAAACGAAGCGGACUCUGUGAAGGCCAGUGACGACCGACAGAUAAUCCGAGUUGCUCAACAACAGUCGCAGCAGCAACAGCAACAGCAACAACAGCAACAACAACAACAACAACAACAACAACAGCAGCAGCAGCAGCAGCAGCAGCAUCAGCAAUCCUCAUCCUCGGUUGGGAAACAACAGUUCCAUUCCGUCGAACCGGUAUCUCCUCCAGAAGCUAACACUAAUCAUUACGGGCGUCGCUUCUACGAAACGAGCACUGCCACCUCGACUUCCGGGACACCCUCUAACAAGCCACAUCUAUCACCACUGGAUUAUGUUAAGAAUAAAAUCGUGGAGGUUAUGCGUACGUCCGAAGAUGAUAAAGCUGGAUCGGCAGGAGGAGGAGGAGGAGGAGGAGAAAGAGAAAGAAACGGAGGAGGAAGUGGUGCCAGUUCGGGUGGUGCCGUUGUUGCUGCUGGAGGUUCCACCGUUGGUGGUGGUGGCGGUGGUGGUGGCGGUGGUGGUGGUGGUACUGGUGGUAUAGUAGUAGGUGGUACUCCUGGAGGUGGUGUUAAUACCGGCGCUGCUGGUGGUGGUGGUAGUAACAGUGGUAAUAGUGCCAGUGGUAGUGUUGUUACUGGUAAUAACCCUGGUUCUGGUCCUGGUAAUUCAUCGUCCGUUGAAAAAGAUGAAAAAUCAAAUAUGAACGUCGAUAGUCCUGUUAACAACGAAAUGAUUGUCGACGAUACAUCCAAACAAGCUCAACAACAAUCUGCUAACCAAGCUACCCCAGCUCCACCAGCUCCCACUACUACUUUUUAUCCGUUCAGUGCAUUGGGUGUACACACAGGACCACCUCCGGCGCCUCCACCUCCCACCUCGGUCUCAGCUGCCGUUUCUAAAUCCGAACAGAUGCAACCGGAACCAGCACCUUUGCUUUCCGCUCAAUACGAGCCAUUAUCGGACGAGGAUUGAUAGUCUGUUGAUCCUUUAAUUAAGGGCAAGUCGAAGCGCCAUGACGCGUUUAUUAGGAUAUUUCAACAGUGUCGUACGUUUCGACGAGUACGAAUUGGAUAAUAAAAAAAAGAAACAGGUGUUGAUAACUGAUAUAUAUAUAUAUAUAUAUAUAUAUAUAUAUAUAUAUAUAUAUAUAUAUUAUAAAUAAAUGAAUAAAUAAAUAUAUAUAUAUACACACACA